UAGCAGAGACCAUCUUCCAAUUUUGCCUUAAAAACUCAGAACUACGGUUUCACAUUUCACUUCAUUCCACUGAAUAAGAUGAAUUAGUCACUGUAGAAGAUUGAAAAAUCCAGGCCAUAUAAAUCUGGGUUCUUCAGAUUUUCAGGUUUUAGAGGUUCCUGUGGGGGUAGGGAGCUGAAAGUUCCUAUCUUUAUGAGUUGUAAGCUGGGGAAGAGGUUUGGGUUUUGAUUUUUUAAGUAUUUAAAUUUAGAUUUUGGGGGCUCUGAAGUAGAGAAUUAGAAAUGUUUUGAUUGGAGUUUAGCUGAGUGAUAUAGAAAAAUUUUGGGUUUUGAGUUUUGAGUUUUUGUUUGAAAUUAUGCUUGCAAGGGGGUUGUGAGUUUUGAUUUGUUAGUGGGACUGUGUUUUCAGGAAUCUGGAUUGAGUGUGGAAAGAUGGCUAGUAUUUUGAAGAGUAUAUUCCCAGUUUCAUCAUCCAAGAAAGAUGAUCAGGAUGAUUUUGAUGUGGAGUACUCUAUUGCGGUGGAGUAUAGUGGUCCUGCGGUGAGUUAUGAUAUUCCCCAGGUGGUUCCGGUUGAUUUUCACCGGAUUCCCACAGCAACCGUGGUUGCUCCAGCUUCCAUCUCGAAGAGUCGUAAUUUAUCACUUCCAGUUAUUCAACCAAUUGCCAAGAGAAGUAAAGGGGUGUUGGCAACUAAGGAGGCUCCUGUGCCAAAGGAAAAUUUAGGUGCACUCGAGGGUGGAGGUGAAGAUUUAGCGUGUGAACCGGUGGGAGAUGACAACAGAAAGGCUUCGUUAGAUUCUCUCUAUGGAGAGGAAUGUGGCUGCAAAGGCUCUGAUGGUAUUGAAAGUUCUGGUACAUUGGGGUUUUCUGACAUUCAAGACGAUUCCAAUGAGAUCUCGGGAAGCUCGGAUGCUGAGGACUCGUGUGACGAUGAUUGCAAGGUGGAUGUGGGCUGCACUAGUCAUUUGAAGCCCCGUGGCUUGGAUUCCGAGGAAUCCAUGAUGGGUUCCCCAGAUCCCUCUGUAGGGGUUUUGAGUAUCCAAGAAGUGGAGGAAGAAUGUAUUGAUGACAGUCAGUGCCAAGAAAAUACACCCGGUGUGACUUUCAAUGAAAUUCAUUCAAGUUAUUCUACUUCGGAGAGUGAUGAUGAUGAUCCGGGACCUUUCCCAGAAAAGCCAGAGGUCAUAUCAAAGAAGUGUUUUCGGUGCCAUAAAAGGAGCAUGUUGAUGAAGAUGGAAGUUUGUUUAGUUUGCGGUGCAAAGUAUUGUAAUAUAUGUGUGCUGAGAGCUAUGGGUGCAAUGCCCGAAGGGAGAAAAUGCAUCACUUGCAUCGGCUUUAGGAUUAAUGAAUCAAAGCGUGAUUCACUGGGGAAGUGUUCUGGAAUGCUCAAGAGCUUGUUCAUUGAAGCGGAAAUUAAAAGGAUUAUGAAAGUGGAGCAAUCGUGCAAAGCUAAUCAACUCCCUUUUAAUCUUGUCAGCGUGAAUGGAAAGCUUCUUAAUCAUCGAGAAUUGGUUAUGUUGCAAACCUGUUUGCAUCCGCCAAAGAAGUUGAAGCCGGGGAGGUACUGGUACGAUAAGGUGUCUGGAUUUUGGGGAAAGGAGGGCCGGAAACCUUGUCAAAUUAUUAGUCCCCAGCUAACGGUUGGUGAUACGAUCAAGAGAGAUGCCAGCAACGGGAACACAGAUGUGCUCAUAAAUAAUCGAGAAAUUACAAAACCAGAGCUAUUUAUGUUGAAGGUGAUAGGAAUCCAUUGUGAACGGAGCAUUCAUUUCUGGCUAAGUGCUGAUGGCGCUUAUCAGCAAGAGGGUAUGAACAAUGUGAUGGGGAAACUUUGGGAAAAGCCUGGAAUCAACCUAAUCUGUGGCACUUUACAAUUGCCAACCCCGCCCAAGACUUCAAAGUCUCGCAGUCAAGGAACUGACAGCCAGGCAGAUAAAGGUGGCCCGAGCAGUGAAGAUCAGAGAACUCUAAAUAAGCUUCUACUUGUUGGUUGUGAUCAAUCCGGAACGAGUACUAUUUUUAAACAGGCCAAAAUUCAAUAUGCUGUUCCUUUUAGGGAAGAUGAGCGUCAAAGUUUCAAAUGUAUGAUCCAGAGCAAUUUGUACAAUUAUAUAAGUAUACUGCUCGAGGGUCGUGACCAAUUUGAGGAAGAAUAUAGAAUUGAAAUGAGGCGAAAACGCAUGGAUGAACCUGGCCCUUCAGUGAUUCCUGAUGAUGUUGAAGACAAUAUUUAUUCCAUCAGUCCACGGUUUAAAAAAUUCGCCGAUUGGCUUCUCCAAAUUCGGAUGGCGGGGAAUUUGGAGGCCAUUUUUCCAGCUUCUACUCGCGAAUAUGCACCAAUAGUCGAAGAGUUGUGGAAGGACAAAGCGUUUCUAGCCACAUAUCAGCGGAGAAAUGAAUUGCAGAUGCUACCUAGAGUUGCUAAUUACUUCUUAGAUCGGGCUGUUGAGAUCUCGAGGGCCGACUAUGAGCCUUCUCCGAUGGAUAUUUUAUAUGCCGAGGGAAGCACUUCUGCAAAUGGGGUAGCUUCAAUGGAGUUUUCCUUCUCCAAGGUAUCUCAAGAUAGCUACAUGGAGCCUGCUGAUCAAAAUAAUGCCUCGAUAAGGUGCCAGCUGAUUCGAGUGCAUGCCAGCAGCCUCGGGGAGAACUGCAAGCUGUUGGAGAUGUUCGAGGACAUAAACAUCGUCCUAUACACGGUUUCCUUGACCGAUUACCACGAAUAUCUCGAAGACAGCAACGGAGAUCUCACAAACAAGAUGCUCGAGAGCAAGAGGCUCUUCGAGAGCAUUGUAAAUCACCCGUCCUUCGCCCACAAGCAUUUUGUUCUGCUGCUCAACAAGUUCGACCUGCUCGAGGAGCUAAUCGAGAGGUUCCCUCUCACGGAAUGCGAGUGGUUCCAGACCUUCAACCCCGUGAUCAGUCGCCACCCCAACAGCAGCACCAGCAACAACAAUCCAUCUCUGGCGCACCGUGCCUUCCACUACAUAGCCUCGCAGUUUAAAGCCCUCUACAAGUCCAUAACGGGGCGCAAGCUCUAUGCUUCACUCGUGACAGGGCUGGAAGGCGAAACCGUCGAUGAAUCUCUCAAGUAUGCUAGCGAGAUCCUCAGAUGGGACGAGGAAAAGUCGAAGCUUUUGAAAGAGUGGUCGACGGAUAGCAUGGAGGGCGAAGCUAGCACGAGCGUGUGCAUGUGAUCACACUGCUCGUCUCGAUCGAGUAAGAUCGACAUUGCUUUGUUUUUUCAUUGUUACACACACACACAUGUUGUCUUCUGUAUCAUAGGACUGUUUCAUCUGUUCUGCAACUGUGAAAUGCUGUUUUUUAGCUUAUCAGAACACAACAUUCAGUGUGUGGAUUAUUUGUGCCUUAACAGCUGAUAUUUGGCCAAUGGUACUUAUCUGUAACAUAAAUUAUAAGUUCCCUUCCAUCUUGUAAACAGAUGUUUUCUCAUUGAAUCAAAUGCAUGCAAGGAGAUUAUCUGUCUCAAAA